AUGCCUGUGCCUUUGCAUAUUCCGGCAACCGCCUCAGUGUGGGCACUCAGCGAUACGGCGGACAAGACAGUCACGAUGACGAGGGGACUGCUGGAGGCUAUGACCAGCGACGACAUAAGUCCAGCUGCUCUGCUGACUUGCGGCUCUUUUGGAUCGCUUCUGCCAGUCUCUCCCGAGACUCGACUCAAAGUCGAGCAAUUGGCCAGGCGCAACCACACAUGUCAUGCUCUGAACUUUAUCAAAGCCCAGAUUGGCUACAAGAAGGACGACUCGGUGGAGCAGCUAUCGCGUUCGGAUUCCGGUAUACGCUUUCUUUGCCUCGUCGCGACCCUUUGCACACUCGACCAUUAUGACGCAGCAGAUCGCCUCGAUUCACUGCUGGAAGCAACACAACGAGGAUUUCAGAUCAGACCGACGAUUAAACAACUACAAAUCAUGUUAAACUCCAUGAGGACGAAGAUGAUUCUGUCGGAUUUUGCCACGAGCGUUGCCGGGUUUGAGACGAUGCUACGGGCAUCACUUGAGGGACAAGGGCCCCUCUAUUACAUUGGCAUUGCGCAGAUACCGACCAAAGAGUCGCUCCAAGAGCUCGUAAUCGCGAUGAAUCAAUUGGGUCGCAUAGCCGACGAAGACUCAAUUGAGACCAUCGACGUGAGAUUGAACUCAUGCUAUGCACCCUGGACCUGCGCUUUCAUCAAGUGGCUGCUGGGGGCUCCACCGCUGGUUAGGACCGCACAGGGCAGGACUCUGUUGCGACAGGAACAAGCGUCCGUCACUCUGACCAUUCUAUCACGGUUACCAGGUUCGAAUCCGCACAAGAGCACAGGAGAUGGCAAAUCAAGGAUUGAAGUUGUACCUGUUCAGAAACUACGCUGCCUCAGAGACAUAAUCUUCCUCGAGCCUACCAGUGAACCGAGGUACGCAUGGCAAGGGCUCGUCUCCGCCCAGGAUUGGGUUGAUUAUCAAUUUUCUAUCCUCUAUGAUAAGUUCCCUCGACUGCGUAAGCAGGGUAAGCUCCGGAAAGCACUGGGUCAGGCUCUUUAUUUCAUUGUCGCCAAAGUUCCGGGGCGUUUAGUUCUCUGUCACGACUUUGACGAUUUCAAGCACGGCAUAUCGUACUAUGAUGGCUACGUCGAGGACUUGUUUCACCCGACUGCCCCGAAAGCCUUCUUGAAUUCUGAAGUCAGGGUUCGGAUCACCAAUGAGCUUGUCAAGGGCCACAUCACUUUGGUUCAAGAUAACAAUGACGAAUCUGGAGCAUUACUUCCGAUAAAUCUAGCCCAGACGUUGGAAGCUGGCUGUCGAAAAUGCCAGAAUCCCAUAAAUGGUAUUAUUAUUCAGCAUCCGCCUUGCGCAGUUUACGACCUGCUGGAGUGGGUUGGAGAAGUAGGGUCCACGUUACUGACUCUCACACUGUUUGGCCCUCACCGAGAGGCAUUCCCAAUGCUAAAGGCAGGACAGAUGAUGAACUCUGCGAGUACGACUUUUCACCAUCGCAUAUUCCAACCGGGGAGGAAGCAGGCGAUUUGGAGUGCAUCGUUUUCCGAACUCAUAAUGAAUGGUUGGCAAGCCCUGAUGCAUGGGCGGUGUGCAUAUCUCUCAUGUCCGCCGAUGGCCAUUUUUCAGCAUGCGGCCAAAAUGAUGGGUCACCAGAAUGUAUCGGAUUCGACAGUAAUCUCCUCAUUAUGGGGUCAGGUGCUUUUCCCUGUUUUUUUCGAAGCACCCGAAUUUCUCAGUGAGGGAUUCCUUCAGAUGAGUGCAUUUCCCGGAAAGCUCCGCAGAGGCGACAUGCAGUUCGAUUUUCUGUUGGAUUCUUGGAGCAACAGGAUUAGUACCGAGGGACCGAGUGGUGCUGAGACCAUGAUAGUCGAUUUCGACCUGGACCUAGAGGGACAAAGUCACGAGCACGUCGGCAGAAGAAGGGGCUGUAACAGGGGCGGUGAUGAUGAUGAUGAUGAUGAUGAUGAUGAGCAGAUGAUGGACGAAGCUGGCCUCGACCCCCUCGAGCGGGAGGAAGAGGUGGAGGACGGCGACGAGAUUAGUACUGAGGGACCAAGUGACGCUGAGACCAAGGUAGUCGAUCUCGACCUGGACCUGGAUGGACAAGGUCACAAUCACGUCAAUAGAAGUAGGGGCGGCAGCACAGGAGGUGAUGGAGCUGAUGAGCAGAUGGUGGACGAGGUUGGUCUUGACACUCCUGACGAUGACGAUGAGUUUGAAGAUGAUGAUGACGAUGACGACUACGACGACAAGAGAGACUCUGCGGACAACGGGACUGAGAACCACCGCCGAGAUUAUGCGCCGCCGUCCACAACUGAUGUCAAUUCUGGUUGCACUGCAGGGAGACCGCCGGUGGGGAUGGUGCCAGCCUCUUUUGCGGGAGCCAGGAGACGACGCCUCGUCAUGUCAGCCGAGGUUAUGAAGUGGACCAUCUCAAUCCGAGACGCGAUGCUGCAUGGCGAGCUGCGGCUUCAGGAGGACGACGACGAUGGGGAGAUGAUGAUUGCCUGGUCACUCGUCGGGUCGUUGGCCCGAGCUCGUCUGUCCCCUAUCUGUACGCACCCAUACAAUAACCCAGCAGGCCCUCUAGCCGCCUCGUUCGAGCUGGUGCGUGACAUCGACCGGCUUCACGGCCAUGGUUGGCGGCGACGUUCGCUGAUUGUGGUCGGCCAGUCCUACGCAGCGCAGCUCAAGGCCUUGCAGUUCCAAGACAUCUACCGACCUGUCGUCGUCCACGUCGAUGGCUGCAUCCAAUGCGCAAUGCGGCUAGGUUUAGCGGACAGAGUGGGCGUCGUGAUCUCUUAG